CAACGCCCUUCGUCUAUAAACAUGUCUGGCACUGUAGAAAUCUCACAGCCUGCGCAGCUGAGCACGCUGCUCUCUGCCUCACGCGUUGUAGUCGCCUUCUUCUACAACGAGAACAACACGUCCAGCAAAGCCAUUGCGCCAGUCUACGACCAGCUAUCAGGACAGCUUUCAAGGCCAAACAGAGUCACGUUCGCCAAGAUCAGCGUGGUCACGCAAGCAACAAUUGCUCAAAGCUAUAGCAUCACCAAUACCCCCACCUUCGUCAUCUUCAAGAACGGCCAGCAAAUCCGCAAGUACGGCGGCUCGAAUCCCACCCAGCUUUCCGAAGCCAUCAAGAGCCUCGCCGCAGAGGCGGAGAAUGAGAGCGGCUCCGGAGGCUUUGGUGAAGCCGGCUCCAGUGGGGGUGGUAGCUGGCGGGGCGCUGGACUUCCCCGCGGAUACACCGAUGUCACAGAUCAGGUAGAUGUUCGCGGCCUGGACUUGCUGAACGCCGACAGCGAUUUUGGUGGCGUACGGACACUUUUCGAAUCAUCACAGCCGAAGAGCUUGAACAAAGGCAAAGGCGCAGCAACCGAGUCUGAGGCCAGCAAAGAUUGGGUAGAAAGCGAUGUCGACAACCAGCUCAUGCUCUACGUACCCUUCACCUCGAACCUGAAGGUUCACACCAUCCACAUCACGUCUUGUGUCUCUGGCGAUGACGAUGACGACGAGGCACCAGUCCGACCAAAGACCAUCCACAUAUGGGCCAACCGUCAGCACAACCUAGGCUUUGAGGAAGCUGAAGACAUUCCCUCCACGCAGACAAUUGAGUUGAAGGAGUCAGAUUGGGAUGCACAGACGGCUACAGCCAAGCUGGAGCUACGCUUCGUCAAGUUCCAGAACAUCUACUCGCUGGUGCUAUUCGUGGCAGAUGGAGACGGCGACAGCGAGAGAACACGCAUCGACCGCAUUCGCUUCAUUGGUGAAACUGGCGAGAAGCGGGAGAUGGGUAAGCUGGAGAAGAUUGGAGCCGAUGAUUGAGGGUACGGAAGGCUCCGCAGAGACGAGAAUAGUAGUUUGAGCAUAAUGAUACCACUGUGAGCUGGUUUGCAAUCUAUGCGCCUG